AUGAAGGACGAGGACUUUGACACCGCCCCCCUCCUGUCGGAUCCCGAGUCAGGUGCACACCGUUCUCCUCGCGACCACCAUGGCCGCUUCAGUCUUGCAUCCUGUCGGUUCCCGACCCGUCGCAUCCACCUGAUUUUGUUGGGUGUCGCGCUGUUCGUACUCGGUUACCUUGCACACCCGCAGACUGCGGGCGCCGGUCAGACCAUCAGGUACUGGACGAGCCCUCGUUUCCAACGUGCUGUUCGUAUCCGGGUCUUCAACGAGCUGCUGCAGGAGCGCUAUCCAUCAUCUGACGAGGGGUCCCGGAACCACCGUCAGCACAAUUUUGACAGCCUGGAGCGUCUUGCCCUGUGCACCAAUGCUGGCACUUGCACCGAGAACGAGAAGACCAUUAUUGUGCUUGCUUCCGGUCACUUUGGAAAUGCACUUGCCGGUAUGGUUUCGGGUGAGGACAUCUGGGCCAUCUCGACCCUGCACGCGUUCCAAGAGCUCAACAUGACGACCCUCAUCACCUUUGGGCACAUGGAGACCUUGUUCAUCUACCAGUCGCUGCCUGACCUGAUCCCAGUCGUGAUAUGGGAGGGUGGCAACCUGCGGCGUUGUAUCGCACGCAACAGUACCAACCACAUUGAGAUGGAGCAAAAGGAUGAGGAGAGCGGCGCUUGGCAGCACGGCAUCCAAGGUUGUAUCCAGACCCCGCACUUCCCGUUGGGCGUCCCCAUCUGGAAGAGCUUUGCAUUCCACUUCUGGGAUAACGCCGCAUCCCCUCUAGGUCGCGAAUGGACUCUGGCGCCUGAAGAUUACGGAGCUAUGGACCGCGACCACGAGGGCAACCAUUAUCUCGGAUACUCGAUCGAGCAGCGUUGCCUCAAUGCGCCAUACUUUAGCGAGCGCGAGCACCGGGCCAUUGUGCUUGCCAAGAACCCCUCGUACUUUGAAAAGAUUAGGAACAGGUUUUACCACCUCCUCAACGGCGCCAAAGAGCGUGUACCCGACGCAGCGGACCCGGCUGGCGUCAUGACCCAGUUCAAGAUCAUCUCCACUGCCGGCCAUGAAGUCACGCCCAACAACCCUGCGGCCGUGAUUGACGAGCCUGGUGUCGAGGUCAUUGGCCGCCAGCCCCAGGACCAGUGGAUCCAGACUGUCGCCCGCUCCAAGGUUAUGCUUGGUAUUGGCGCCCCACCCCUGUCGCCUUCGCCGUUUGAUGCACUGUGUUGCGGUGUCCCCUUCAUCAACCCUAUCUUGAAGUGGGACGAGUCGGAUCCAACAAACCGUUUCAAAUGGGUGACACAGGCCAACGGCCUAAAGUUUGUGGACCCUCCCUACGUCUACCACGUUUUCCAGGAAGACGCGGACGGUCUGGCCAAGGCGAUUGGGGACGCGGUGGCCAACCCGAUCACACGCUAUGUGCCGCCCAACAUGCGCUCCGACGCCGUGCGCGACCGCCACCUCGAUCUAGUCAAGGGUGACUGGCUCGCCGCGGCCAAAAAGUAUGUCGGCGAGCACUUUGAUGCCAACGAUCCCGACACCACGUGGCUCUGUAUGGACCCACCCAAGAACCGCAAUACGUUCAUGAUGCCCGGCCACGAGGGCGAGGCCGGUGCCGCAUAG